UUUGCAUCCCCGCGAGCAUCUUGCAUCCCCGCGAGCAUCUUUCUUUAUCCGCAAGCUGGGGAGUUCAGACAGACGCUCCCUUUUGUCGCGGGGGUCUGAUUCUUCUGCGCUAACAGACCUAGAAGAAGCCUCGUGUUCCAUGACUUCAUUUCACCCCAAGGGACUCCAGGCUGACGGUGCCCGGAAGUUCAAGAGUAAAAGGCCCCGGAGUAACAGCGGCUCUUUUCAGGAAGAGGAUCAGAGGCCGGGGUUCCCUUGGAGGAAGAGCCUCCCUUUUGGGGCAGCCUCAUCCUACUUGAACUUGGAGAAGCUGGGUGAAGGUUCCUAUGCCACAGUUUACAAGGGGAUUAGCAGGAUAAACGGACAACUCGUGGCUCUGAAAGUCAUCAGUAUGAACACAGAGGAAGGAGCCCCGUUCACAGCCAUCCGGGAAGCUUCUCUCCUAAAGGUUUUGAAGCACGCCAAUAUUGUCCUUCUACACGACAUAGUUCACACCAAAGAGACACUGAUGUUUGUUUUUGAAUACAUGCACACAGACCUGGCCCAGUACAUGUCUCAGCACCCCGGCGGCCUCCAUCCUCACAAUGUCAGGCUUUUCAUGUUUCAACUCUUGCGGGGCCUGGCGUACAUCCACCACCAACACGUUCUUCACAGGGACCUGAAACCUCAGAACCUGCUCAUCAGUCACCUGGGAGAGCUCAAACUGGCUGAUUUCGGUCUUGCUCGAGCCAAAUCCAUUCCCAGCCAGACAUACUCUUCGGAAGUCGUGACUCUCUGGUACCGGCCUCCUGACGCUUUGCUUGGAGCCACUGAAUACUCAUCUGAACUGGAUAUAUGGGGUGCAGGCUGCAUCUUUAUUGAAAUGCUCCAGGGCCAGCCUUUGUUUCCUGGGGUCUCCAGCAUCCUUGAACAGCUGGAGAAGAUCUGGGAGGUGUUGGGAGUCCCUACAGAGGACACGUGGCCUGGAGUCUCCAAGCUCCCUAACUACAACCCAGAAUGGUUCCUGUUUUCUAAGCCUCAAAGCCUCGGGAUUGUCUGGAACAGGCUGGAUGGGGUUCCUGAAGCCGAAGACCUGGCCUCCCAGAUGCUAAAAGGCUUCCCUAAAGAUCGGGUCUCUGCUCAGGAAGCUCUCGUUCAUGCCUAUUUCAGUGCCCUACCCUCUGAGCUAUACCAGCUUCCUGAUGAAGAGUCUUUGUUUACAGUUUCAGGAGUGAGCCUGGAGCCAGAAAUGUGUGACCUUUUGGCCUCCUACAGGAAGGGUCACCACCCAGCCAGGUUUAACAAAUGCUGGUGAAAAGAAAGAGUGGAGUCACCAAGAUCGUUACAGGGCACUACCUGAGCUGUUUCAGUUUCCAUUUGCUGCCGUUUACGAAGACGCUUCAAGUCGAAUUCCAGUCCAGAUCAGAAAUUUCAUCCUCUUGCCUGUGACCCGGAGCAUUUUAAGUAUGGUCUUCAAGACAGCAGCACCUAAUUCUGAAAGAGAAAGCAACGGAAGGUGUUUGCUAGAGUGUCAUUGCCCAAAACAUUAGCCGUCGACUAAGAGAGUCUGAGAAGAGAACUUCUACACCCUUUCAGCCAUUUCCCUGGGCCUUUUCCCAGCAGGACAGAGUAGGAGACUCGCAACUGGAAGGAUUCAGCCAGAGGUGGUGCUUGCUCAGGCCUGUUAGGCUUGUGUGCACUUAUAACUUCCCCCAGCCAACAGCCUUCUGUGGAAGAGAGGAUUAGUGUAGUUUCGAGAAGUCGGCAGGGAAAAUGGUCUCUUGGAUAAAGUUGUCACCAGAAGGACUUGCUGAGGACUACUUGGAAUGACUUCCGGGUGGCGGGUGGGGGGGUACUCUUUCUUCUCUCCCCAGAUCAUCAGCAUGCAUUUCCGCCUCACCCCAGCCAGACUGUCAGGGUCUGGAUUGAGCUGCUACAUAGAAUUGGAUUUCAGUUCCCCCUACUAAAUCCUAAUUGCCUGUGGUGAUGGCAAAAAGCAAUGAGGAACCUAAGCCCUCAUUUGAUAAUGGAGAUAGGAGAGCUCCAGAAGAUGUAACUGGAGCCCUGUGGCACCAUCAGGGGCACAUGGACACGGCCGCACGACCCCGGAGUAGACCUGUGCCCACUGACACAUGCAGCACCCUUUUCCAAUCACCCCUUCUGAAAGAAGCCAGGGAGACUCAGAUUACUUCACCUAGGGAUCAUCUCAGGAAAUGCAGUAGCCUGGAAACCAGAAACCACCCUACGCCCUUUAGAAAGACAAAGAGGAACCAGUCAAGAGAGAAUCAGAAACGGUAACUGUCUAGCCAGUGUCUGGGAUGAAAGGAGCAAUGCAUCCAGAUUGUCCAGAGAAACCUGCCUUUGUCCAUGUAAGUCAGGCAGUGGACGUAGCCUGCGCACGUGUGUCUGAAAGAUGAGGCAGUGUGUGCUGGAUAAGGGGGCUGGCAGGCGCUGUGCCCCCGAGAACAGUUCUCAUGCAACCUGGAGAGACACUAGCAGGAGUGGGGCGCAGGACCCACGUGCGAGUUUUGUUCUGGUCAACUGUUCUUCUUAAUUACCUGGAUAAAGUGAGAGAAGGUAUCCACCUUGUUCCUACACCUCACUGAAGUGAGCGCUAUUACUAAUGUAUGCGUGCCCCGUGCAAAAGGUGAAGCCGAGGCUUGGAAAAGUUAAAUGCCUCCUCCACGUUCAUAUGCCAGAGUUUGGGUCUGGCUGUGUGAGCUUUGCAGAAACCACAUCCCUAUCAGAUCUGUAUAUUGUACAAGUGUUAAAGAGGCUGCUGAGCUGCCGCAUGGGAUCGUGACUCAAAGGAUUUGGACCUGGCUAGAAGUUAAUGAGCACCAAGCCCAAGGAAUACUCAGUCCUAUCCAAGUCUAUCCAAUUCAAAUACUAACAUGUUGGGCUUAAAGUGCUUACAACUUCAGUAAGCUUAUGACCUAGUGGAAAUUGGUACUUUUAAGUACAAUGUGAAUUAAGACUAUAACCUGGCUACACCCAACAGAUAAUGCUGAUCUUUUCAGGCUGCAAAAGUAAAGGCCUAAAAUGAUGCCCCAAAGAAGGGAAAUAGCUUACUCUCUACCCAUCAGACCACAUUUAAAUUAUUAGCCUGAAUUCCACAUAUCACACUUUAAAAGAAGUAUCAUUGAAAUAAAUAUUUAUUGUGCACCUAUUAGUUUGAAGGUGCGACCUUGUAUAAUUGUUUUAACAAUGCUUAGAUAUAGGGGCGUCUUGUUGCCAUUGCACAGAGAAAUACACCAAGCACCAGAUACAAAUACUCACUCUUUGUAGUUUCUGUCCUCUAGCGCCCGCCUGCGUGUUCCUUAGCAUCCCUCCAGCUCCCCUGUGUUCUCCCAGGAGGGCCACCAGGAAAAGCCAGGCGUGUGGGCCAAGCCACAUGGAGGAACAGCUGCAGAAAGAGAAAACCCAGGGUCCAGAGAAGCUCCUUCUAGAAGGAGGGCUGUCACAUACGGAGAGGUUGGCCCUGCGCUGCAGUUAGGACAGACUGAAAGCUCACAGAUGCUACUUUUGGCACAUGGGGAAGUCCUGAACGGUUUAGCGUAUCCAUGAAUAAGCUAUGUUCUCACAAAAGUGGUGCCCUUUCUCUGCUUCUGUGAUGAUACGGAGAGCUGUAGAGAGAUACCCAUGUUGGAGGUUAGAACAGUUGACCUCUAAGAACAGGUACACUCAGUUUGUUUCCUAAGAAAGGAGUUCUUCUUCUUCUUCUUUUUAAUCUAAAUUAAGUUAGCCCCUUUAAUGGUAAUAGAGGAGAAAAUUAUGCUCAGGCCAUUUCUUUUUUCUGCCUUUAAUGGAUUUGCUUACUCAAAAGCUUAAUCAAUAAAAGUUAUAAGACUCUAAAA